CAAGAACCCAAGUGCCGACACAAGAACCCGACGGCCGACACAAGAACCCUGCUCCCCCUCCUCUCACCCGCCCCCCCUAAGUUUUUCUCCCUUGGGGGGGCGGCGGCCGCGGCGCCUCAGGAACGGAGCCGGAGCUGACCUGGGCCGCGGGCGGCGCGGGGGCGGAGGAACACGGCACGCUGGAUUACCUGUGGUUCUCCCCAGGCCUGCUGGAGCCCGUGCCGGGCAGCCUGCUGCCCACGCCGACGCUCGGGGAGGCCCGCGCCGAGGGCGGCGGCCUGCUCGGCUCGGGGGUGCCCUCGGACCACGCGCCGGUGGGCGCCGUGUUCCGCCCCGCGGCGCCGCCAGAGGAGGACGCCGUCGUGGUCGUCGAGGAGGCCGCCAGUCCGCGGCGCGCCCCCUGCUGGGGGGCGUGCCCCGGCUCGUAGGGCGCCGCGGCGGCAGCGGCCGCUCGGGCGCGCCCCUCGGGACGAGCACGCCAAUCGCCGUCGCGGAACCGGAUGGCGAGCUGGACCGCAUCGCCCAAAGAGGUUGCGGCUCCUGUCGACACCAGGCGCUGGCGCCCCGCGUUCUGCCCGCGGACGCCUCGCAUUCUGCGCUCGCCGGCGCCAGCAGCACCAAACGGCAGCUGCACAUGGCACAGGCGCGCCGCGGUGCCUGUUUGCGAGAGUGUCGCAGGGCGGCGCGGUGCCCGCAUUGCGCCCGCCCCCUCCCCAUCCCCCUCCCCCCUCCCCGCCCCCCACGGCCCCACAGGGGCUGCGCGCGCUCGCGCCCCCCCCCCGCCGCAAUUGUACAGGGAGCGCCGCCCCUGCCCUUGCACAGUGCGUCUUUUUGCUCGUCGCGGGGGAGGGGGGGCGGCCCGCCCGGCUCCGUCGGCGGAGUGCGCCUUCCGUUGCCGCCGGCCCAGGUGUGGGGGGGAAAAAGGCUUGC